CUUGACAACGCAAGUGUCCAGUAGUCAACAGCGAGAACUCUCUUUCUCUCAGACCAUUUCUUCCACUGAAGAAGGGAAAACUGUUUUCCAAGAUUUGUGCAAAGAUUUUAAGGAUCUCUCUGAGGGGAUCGCAGCAUCGAGUUGUUACAGUUUGUUGAAUCUCGGAGUGAAGUGAAUGCUUUUGAUUGGAAGUGAAUAUUUGUGAAUCAAAUUAAUAAAUUGUGGACUAAGUGACAAUUGAUCAUACGCAAAAAUACGUGAAAAUGAUGUUUCUGCUACUGUUUGUGAUAUCGUGUUCAUGGAACGGAAUGGUGGUCCAAGGUGCCCCAUACGCGUACGAUGCGACGAUGGAAGAAAUGGUAGUUCCCGAAUCGAAGGUGCUUGAUUUCGAUAACCUGACCGAAAGUGAGCGGGUCGACCUGCUCCGCAAUAAGAUCAACAUAACGGCGGUCAAGGUUCAGCAGGAGCGACUGAGGGCGGCGGCCGCCCAGAAGAACAUGCAACGCGGUGGGGCACCGAUGGCCAUCAAGCAAAGCGCCAGCGAGCCGAACAUCUCGAGCCACGUGCAGAACCGGAAGAACAUCGAGAAGCACAUCAUCGGCAACAUCAAGCACAACAUCGAAUCGAACCUGAUGCGGAACGAUAGUCUGGGCAACGUUGGCGCCACCCACGAGAUGGCCUUUUCCGCGGUGUGCGACCUGCCGAAGCACACCAACCAGAGCUUCUGGGAUGACGAUUACACCUGGAAUCUAUACUUUCGUCUUCCCCAUAGUAAGCCUUACACUUCGGUUAGCACAGCGAUGUUGAGGUUGUACAUGAACGGCGCCGAUAAUUCGACCGAUUCGUGGAAUCGCCGCGACUCCGAUAACUGCAAGAACCCGGCCGAGCAGAUGAUUCGCGUUACCGUUUCCGUGUACUGGCGCAAGAAGAGCAAGGAUAACCUCUCGACGGAGCGUAAGAAGCGCAUCUGUAGCAGCAUCACCAUCACCCGCAACUUUCGCGGUUGGAUCACGUUGGACACGCUGCUGGCCGUUAAACUGUGGGACAAACCGAACCGCAACUUCGGCAUUGCCAUCGACGUUCAGGAUCAGGAUGACAAUGCAUUGCCGGCGGCUCGGUUCUUCCAGCCGACCGAUUGCUCCGAGGCAAGUAAAGCAAACGCAACAGCAACCGUACUUCCAUGGAACUUUUUCCGAAACUCACUCUCAUGGUCCUCUGAUGAAAUGGACGAUGUGCCACACGUCCCCCGCAUAGACAUCAUGAUGCACAAGACGAUCCCGCAGCAUCCGCACUACUUCACCGCCCAGCACCACCAUCAUCGCAUGUUCCGCCAGCAGCAGAAGCACCACUACGGAGGCAGCGUCCGGUACCGGUUGGAGAAUGCCUCCUCGUCGUCCGCGGCCGGUUCCGCUUCGUCCGCAUUCGGCAACUCGUACGAAAUGGACGAAACGGUCGAAAUCAAGCAGCAUCAGCCGUCGGUCCACGCGCACCACUCGCAGGCCAAGCCGCACAAGAAGCGCCAUCUGAACCAGCAGCACCAGCAUCAGCAUCACUCGAGGCUCGUCAAUUCGGCGGAAAGCGAGGAGGAUUUUUCGGCGGCGUCGUCCUCUUCGGCGUCGCUCGAGGAGCGGAAACUCUGAUUCCGGAUGGCGAUGGUUUGGGCGGUUUAAAUCCGGAGGAGCACGUGAGUUGAGUGAGUGUGUGUAUGUGUGUUUCAAUUUACGAUCAAUGCCAUGGGCGACGCGGUACACGUUUGUAGUAUUACAUUUUUUGUUGAUUUUUAUUUUAUUGGAAGAUAAAUGAAUGCUUGUGGGAGUGAAAUGAGUGAAAGCGUACUGAGUAUAUUUAGGAGAUUUGUGUAUUAAAAGUGACUUAUGGAUGUGAUUCAUUGGAAAAUUGAAUAAUAUAAUGAUUUGAGUAAAAUCAUUGUGAUGAUUUAAGGAUUUCAAUGAUUUCAAUGUUUAUGAAAAUUUAUGAAAACAUAAUUGCAAACUUUUUCAGUGGAAAACAAGGCAAAUUAUGAAGCAGUAUCUGCACGGCGAAUGAGAACGACCCAAAUUUGAGUUUAGUUCACUCAUAAUCGCCAAAAGUACAGGAACUCAGCGAUGAGUAAAUUUGCCUCAUGGUUUCCUGUGCAAAACCUCAAAAAGCUACCGGAAAAUGAAGAAAAUUUACGGAAAUUUUACUCAGUCUAGGAGUAGUUUCAAAAGACUGAGUCAAUCCAAUCUUUACUUUUCUCAUAUUCGGAAAAUUUUGCCUGGAAAAAUGCUCAUCGCUGUUUCUACACUUUAUGUGAUUUAUGAGUGAACUAAACUAAAAAUCGGGUCGUUCUCAUUAGCCGUGUAGAAUUAAAUCAAAUUAAUAUUCCGGAUCAUUUGAAAGAAAUUGAGCAGUUCCAGGCAAAAUCGAGAAAAAAAAACGAAUUUUUAAAUCGACCUUCUCCGAUUUGUAUAAAACUUUGCGUAAAUGAAUCAUAUCGUCAGGUCAUUUUCUACAGAGAUGGCGCUGCUAAUAAAAUACAGUUUUGAAUUCUCGAUCCUUUUUCAUUUUUUUAAUAAUCUGCUCAUAAUGCGAGCUCGACGGUGCCGAAAAUCACUUUUUUCCACGAAUCUAUUUUAAAGUUUAAUACAAAAAGUCAUCGUGAGUAAAUUUCAGUAAAAAUCAGAAAACCCAACAAAUCUUCAAUUGAAUGUAUGCGUUUUCGUUUUCCUUACUAACUUUAGGUGAGCUUCUUCCAUGACGGUGCAUAAACGAGUAUAAGUUGUGAGUUUUCUAUAACAUUAAAAGUAUUGAUCCCCCCCAGAGAGAACGACAAACCAGUGAAAUCGUUUCAGAAGUAAUGCUUCCGAACUGUGAGUGGUUGUGUGUGUGUGUUCGUGUGUCCGUGUGUUUCGGGUAACGGAAAAAAAUAGGUUAAGAGUUCCUGAGAUAGCUGCGUAGAAAUCUAAAUAAUGUGUAUUAUGUACUUAAGUGAAAAUCUUUCGGCGAUGAUUGUCGCAGACGAAAACGGGAAAAGAGGAGUCGAAAACAAACACGCUUAGAUGUUCGCUCUCAGCUGUAGGAAGAAUAAGUGUAAGUGUUGAAUUACUGUGCAAAUUUCGACCAGUCCUGCACUUGUUUAGGCGGUAGCAUUUAUUUAUGAAAUACUUGAUUAAGCUUUAGCGAUGUGGUAAGAUUAUAAAUAUGAUGCGCACAGUACGAGCUUUAAAUGAUUCUUAGUGGUUAAGUUCCAUACGGACAGAAAAAGAGCACAUACUGUUUCGAUUUGUAUAUAGAGGAAAAAAAUAUAUGGAAAUGUACGCACGCACACAUAUACAUAUGCCUAGGUCUGUAGUCUAAGUACCGUAACUUAUUUAUUUCCUAGUGAGGACAAUGAUUUGUAAAUAUUCGAUGUUUAAGAGGUUCUUCUAAUGUUCAAUCCUGAGCUGAAUUCUAGCAGUUGGGAAAUGCUUAAGAUAAACGUAGGAACACCAUGUUAAGGUGUGGCAAUUACAAAAGUAAGAUGUGAACUAUUCUGCCAGCGUACACCGCGACGUUGUGUCUGUCUGUUUGGGUUGUAAGCAUGUCGAAAAUAAAACUUUUAUUGAAAAUAA